AGAGUGUGGGCGUGGCGGGGCGGGGGACAGGUGGAGGCCACGGGCGGCCGCGGCGUGUCCGCCGCGACAUCUGCCGCCGCACCGCCCCCCGCCACCUCGUCGCAUCCCCACGCCGCGACAAUGGCCGCCCGGGCUCAAACCCCCCCUCCCCUACGAGGUCCGCCUCGACUCGCCGCUCUCUCGAUCCAUCCAGAGGGGCUGUCCCUUCUCUCCUCCGCUCGCCGCUUGGUCGUAGAAAAGAAGUCCGGGCAGGGGACAUGGCCGCCGCCGCCAAGCAGCCGCCGCUGUACAUUGCCGUCGCCGACGACCGCCGGGGGAGGAGCGGCUUCCGGUACACGCGCCCCGUCCUGCAGAGCGCGCUCCAGCUCAUGGGCUGCAAGCCACGCCACGCCUUCAAGAUCAGCAAGAGAGUUUUCGAUGUGACCAGGAGCGACUUCGUAGACUCGUCAAAACUGGAUGGAUCCACACAGGAGGAUGGCAUGAAGGUUGCCGAGCUCCUGGACGCGGAAAACAUGGCCAACAUACCGUUCGAGCUGUACAAGACCCAGACCACUGCUGUUGUUUCCAGGGAGGAGUUCCUGGAUGUCGUGUGCGACGCCCUCACCUUGUACAAGUAUGUCGGGCCCAAUCAGAGAGCCGACCUGCUCCUUGCCUGCAGGAUAAAGGAGAGGAAAGAAUCAGUGACAGUACUCUUGUGUGGCACAAGUGGAUGCGGCAAGUCCACUCUAUCAUCCUUGUUGGGUAACAGGUUGGGUAUCACAACCGUGGUUUCUACCGACUCUAUACGGCACAUGAUGAGGAGUUUCGUAGAAGAGAAAGAAAACCCUCUGCUCUAUGCGUCAACCUACCAUGCCGGAGAUUGUCUAGACCCCGUUGCGGUUGCCCAAGCUAAGGCAAAAAACAAGGCCAAGAAACUCUCUGUUAUUUCUCAUUCAAAUGCUGAUGCAGACAAAGAUGCUGGCACUUCAUCAGAUGAGAAGUGCCAUAAUUGCACAUCCUCCUCGGACUCGCCUCCUAGUAGAACUGAAGUUCCCAGCAAAAAGCAGAUGGCGAUAGAAGGAUACAAGGCACAGAGUGAGAUGAUCAUUGGCAGCCUUGACAGAUUAAUUACGACGUGGGAGGAGCGGAAAGAAUCUUUAAUUGUAGAAGGGGUUCAUUUAAGCCUGAAUUUUGUGAUGGGGCUGAUGAAGAAACAUCCCUCCGUGAUACCAUUUAUGGUAUACAUCACGAACGAGGAGAAGCACAUGGAACGGUUUGCGGUCCGUGCAAAGUACAUGACGCUUGAUCCAGCAAAGAACAGGUACGUCAAAUACAUCCAGAACAUCAGAGCAAUCCAGGAAUACCUCUGCAACCGGGCCGACAAGCAUCGAGUGCCGAAGGUCAACAACACCAACGUAGACCGGAGCGUGGCGGCCAUACACGCCACGGUUUUCAGCUGCCUUCGCCGGCGGGAGGCGGGGGAGCAGUUUUAUGACCCACAUACAAACACAGCAGCUAUGGUGGAUGAAGAGUACAGGAGCCAGUGCGCCGCAAACUCGUCGAGCUCCAAGGGGAUGUUUCAGCUGAUUCAGAGGAAGGGGUCGUCUAGGAAUCUGAUGGCGCUGCUUAACACCGACGGUUCCGUUGCGAAGGCGUGGCCUGUCGAUGCCGGCGACGGCAGUGGAAACGGAAAUGAUGGCACGGGCAGUGAGAAGUCUGUCGGAAAUCCUAUGUAUGGCCCGCUGCAAAUCGGGAAGGCAGAGCCUGUCAAUCUUCAGUUUGGCUCUUUUGGGAUUAGUGCGUGGCCAAGUGAUACCGGAUGCACCAGUCAUGCUGGGAGUGCCGAUGACUCCAAGGCUGAUGGCACAGACACAGGGAGUAGGUAUUUAUCCUCGUGUUGCAGCACACCAAAGAUGUCAGAUGAUAAUUCCAAAGAGAUACAGCUUGUAGAUGAGUAUUCAGUGUUCGACAGCGAAGAAGAAGCAGAGGAAGUCGAUGCUGGUGAUGCAGAGACAGAUGACGAUGAUCUAACUGACAAAGAAAAGGAAAUUCAGGAGCAGAUGGAGGAAGCAGGGUCGGUGGACGAGCAGUCGACCAAGUCGGACGAGGAGUACCUAGACCUGGCCAUGAGAGAAAACGGCUACUGGUCCGACGAUGAGCAGCAGACCAGCCUGAUGAAGCAGCCCCCGGCCCCGGGCGCAGGAGGCGGUGAAGAUGAUGAUAACAAUGCCAUGAAGAAGGCUGACAACAAGCUGAACCAGUUGCUGGAGAUGGGAAACGACGGCGGCGCAGAGAUGCCAUGCGCCCACCCUCUGACAAUGAACGGCGGGAACCGUGGCUGCGACGCCAAGGUGAGGCGACGAUGCGCACUCGGCCCGGAAGGGCUGUUGUAGAACCGGUGCCGCCAUGUCGGUUGCGAAUCAGCAGUGUGGUUGUGGAGUGGGGCCUGAAGUUCCCAUGAUCCAGUAGGUGCUGCUGGAUCCCAUCAUAUCUACUGUAGCUGUGUUGUUGUUCUUGUUGUAAGAUGGUAGCAAGUAGCAUCCCAUCAUAUGCUGUUGUAUUAGUUUCUGAAGUAGAUCAGGGGAGAGGAGCAGACUAUCCUUCCCUCCCUGACAGGAUGGAUCAUGGAUGGACACAUAAUUAUAUAUACAUAUACAUGAGUAGUAGCAAAAUGAACAUGAAGAAUUCCCCUUGA